AUGGAAAUGUUUCCUCUAGCAAACAGCGAGUCAGGUUUUUAUAGCCGUUAUUUCCUUGUUCCCAAGAAAGAUGGCGAGCUCAGACCCAUUCUCGAUCUCAGGCAUCUGAACCACUUGCGUAUGAGACGGCUGUUCAAGAUGUUAACUUUUGAAACAGAUCCUCGUGCAACCAGUGAGUGGUCUUUCUGGGGACAGUUAUCGAUUCUGCCCAAAUGCGGGCAUGGAUUACGUCGGGAACACUCCCUGACUGUUCAGCGGACAGAUGCCUCCAACUUGGGUUGGGGAGCUCUGCACAAAGGCAGACCGGUGUCUGGCUCCUGGUCAAACCUGGAGCAGCGCUUGCACAUGAACUGCCUCGAGGGUCACACGGCGAUGCUGAACGACGGCUGCUGGCAUCCCAAAAUCAAAGAGGAGUUUCUGACCUGCUCCAAUGAUGGGACGGUGCGGACGUGGGACUUGAACUCGGAGAAGAAGCAGAAGUCUGUGUUCAAGCCUCGAUCGCUGCAGGGCAAGAUCGCCGCCGCCUGCCAGGACGGGACCAUCCAGAUCUGGGACAGGAACCUUGAGCGUAAGUGUGUCCAUACCAAGUUCCACUGCCGUCAGGCUCACGCCGCCGGAUCCGACACGUCCGGCCUCACUUUCUCCUACGACGGAGUAACUCUAGCAUCACGAGGAGGAGACGACACUCUGAAGACGUGGGACAUGCGCAACUUCAGGAAACCUCUCGCUGCUGUUACUGGCUUGACCUCCUUCUUUCCCAUGACAGACUGUUGCUUCAGUCCGGAUGAUAAACUGCUGCUGACGGGAACCUCGGUCAAGAAGGACGAAGGCAACGGGAAGCUGCUGUUCUUUGAGCGGGAAUCUCUGUAGAAGGUCUAUGAGAUUGAAGUGGCUGAUGCGAGCGUCGUCCGCUGUCUUUGGCAUCCCAAGCUGAAUCAGAUCAUGGCUGGGACGGGGACCGGCCUGGCGAAGGUCUACUACGCCCAGGUCAAGAGUCAGAGAGGUGUGAUGUUGUGUGUGUUCCAGAGCAAGAGGAAGGAGAAACACGCCGAGACGCUGACACAAGAUUACAUCAUCACCCCUCACGCUGUGCCCAUGUUUCGUGAGGCCCGGCAGCGCAGCACUAGGAAGCAGCUGGAGAAGGACCGACUGGACCCAGUGAAAUCCCACAAACGCGAGCCGCCCGUGUCCGGACCAGGUCGAGGCGGUCGUGUGGCGGCCCACAGCAGGACGCUGUCCUCCUUCAUCGUCAAAAACAUCGCCCUGGACAAAACCGACGACAGCAACCCACGAGAGGCCAUCCUGCGUCACGCUAGAGACGCCGCUGAGAACCCGUACUGGGUCGCCCCGGCCCAUAAACAGAUGCAGCCCGAGCCGCUGUUUGCCGAGGACGAGGAAGAAGAGGCCGACGAAGAUCAACCAGAAUGGAAGAAACGCAAGAUCUGAGGAGAUUUCCUCUUCACUUUUGACUCUGAGUUUGUGGAGUUCAGAGGAACGAGUCUCUUCCGUCGGGAUUCUCCCACACGCUUUCCAAACCUUGUGGAAAUGGACAGUUUUACGUCUGAAUCUGAGCAGAA